AUAAGUAUUCAAUAAGGAAUUUCUCUUAUCUGGGUUUUCAGACUAUCAGGUCGUUGUCCUUAUGAGUCUAUUGUCUAGUGCUCUUUGUCUAGAAUGCCAUUUAUGUUACUUUGCAAAGGAUCCAGCUCUUUGUCAACACCAUGUCACGUGCAAUCCUGGACAGUCAUGUGGGAAACUGAAGUAUGAAGAUUUCACUGGCUCUCACUAUGACCUUGACUGUGUCGAUACUUCUAUUUGUUCAAAUGCAGAUCAAACACAAGAGACAGUACAAAUCUUCGGGAGACGAGGAACAAAUUCGGACGUGGUUUGUUGUCAUACAGAUCUAUGCAACAAAUAUUUGUCUAAUCCAGCUGAACAAGGAACAACUACGGCGAUUCCCGCGAAUUCAUCGACCGAGCUUUUAACAACGGUUACGAUUUUUCCUUCAACUACACCAGAAGUCACGACAAGCACACCAGACUCAUGUACAGACCACCCGGACUGUGACGUUCUCACCCAGGGCUUCCAUGCCUGUAACGAUAGUGAUAUUGCGCUCAUCGUGUGCCGGAAGUCAUGUGGCAUGUGUGACGUCACUACAACUAAACCAGUCUGUAGGGAUGCACACCCAGAUUGCCAGAUCUUAUCAGAUCAUUUAAAUGUUUGUGCGGAUGAUAAUUUUGCGAGAACAAGAUGUCCUUGGACUUGUGGUUUAUGCGAUUCCCAUUCUUCUUCCACCACAUUUACGACAUUAAGUUCAACAACUCAACAACAAUCCGGAGUGUGUGUGGAUGGGCAUGACUGCGUGCUAUUGAAAGAGCUAAACAUCUGCAAAAACCCAAUGACAGCACAACUAUGUCCUGUUUACUGUGGCAUUUGUCAAAAUAACACUGGAAGUUCAACAACAGAAUUUUCUACAUUUUCGCAACAAACGGAAUCAACACUUACAUCCUCCGAAGAAUCAACUAUACAAACAACUGAAUUAGGAACAGCAUCGCAAAUUUCCACUCAAAUAACAACACAAACUACAACACAGACAGCAAAACAAACAACAAAACUAACAACAAAGGCAACAACUACCAUGCCAGCUACAACAGAAAAACCCUGUCGAGAUACCCUCCCAAGCGCAGACUGUCAACGGAUACUUACUGAAACUGCUACCGCCUGCUCACAGACAGGCACACGGACAGUGUGUAAAGUCACGUGCAACUUGUGUGACGGAAAUACUAUAGCAGUUUCCUCCAUCAAUACACCAGUCGCCGUAUCAUCUCUUGAGGCAACGACUUCAUCAACUCAAAACUCCCAAGGCACCACAGAAACAACUGGAACAAAACCAACUACUUCAAAAAUAACAACUCAACCCAUUACAACAACUUUGCGUACAACAAGGAGAACUACGGCUUCUGAAGUCGGUGUCGUGGUGGUAGGCUAAC